AUGCACAGGAGACUCGUCCAUGGAUUCCUGACAAAUGCAAGCACCAUGCUGUGCCCCGAAGGCGAAAUCCACAUCACUCACAAAACCACGACCCCAUUCAACAGCUGGAAAAUCGAGGAUCUUGCUCUCGAUUGCUCUCUGCUUUGCAUCGGCCGAGACGAUUUCAAAAUUGAAGACUACCCAGGUUACCAGAACAAACGAGGGUCGGGCCUCAGGCCCGACGACCCGUUCCUUCUGGGAGAGUGCUGCACGUUUAGGUUCAAACAAUUCCCGAGAAUCAGAAGGGAUUUUGGACCCGAGCACUAUGUUCCCAGCUGUUCGGACGAGUGCCGUUGGAUAUUUGGCCGCUAUCUUGACCACGUGGAGGACACAUUUGGGAGGAAUAUGAGUAGCGACGAAGUUUGCUUUGUUGUUCGUGAGGCGUUGAGGGUUGGGUACGAGACAUACAUGGGCCUAUUUAGCUCGGGGCAUGGAAGGCCCCUGAGGGACUAUAUCGACAUUUUGGAGGAGCUUCACGCUAUUAGUGCUUUGAGGUCCAAGAGAUUGUUGCAGAUGCUAUCACGUCUUGACCGGCAAGCUGACUUCAACGAGUGGGGUCCGUGA